CAUAAAAAGAGCCGACGAUUGUGGCUAUACGCUAUUACCAAAGCAAGACGCUACAAGAGUUUGGGGAAGAUUGGUAUAUUUGGAACAAGUGCCAUGGCGUGGCGUGUCCUGUGUCUCUGGUGUUGCUUUUCCUUGACGUUACUUUACACCAAUGCACAUGAAGAUCUACAGCAGUCCGACUUUGAUGACCGGGAAAACUACAUGAAAGCACUGAGCGAGAUGAACAAUGCUUUUGCUUUCCGUCUGUACAAAACCAUUGUCUCUUCUGCUCAGUCGCAGAACAUCUUCUACUCUCCACUGAGUGUGUCCACAGCACUGGCCGCGCUGUCUUUAGGAGCAGGCGGUGAGACUCAUCAACAGCUUCUCACUGGCCUCGGGUUCAACAGUUCAGUCUUUACCAACGAAAAGAUGCACCAAACCUUCCUCGAUCUCCUGCAAAACCUCAAUCAGAGGUCAGGGGUCAACAUUAAUCUGGGCACUGCUGUCUACAUCAAUGACACCUUCAAACCUCAUCUGGAAUUUCUGGAGAAGAUGAGGCGUUUCUAUUUGUGUGAUGGCUUCACUGUUGAUUUUACCAAAAGCAAACAAACCACUAAUCAGAUGAACAAAUAUGUCAGCGAAAAGACAAACGGCAAAAUAAGAAAUUUUAUUAAAGAUAUGGAUCCACGUACCCUAAUGUAUCUCCUCAACUAUAUAUAUUUUAAGGGGAAUUGGUCCAUACCGUUUGACCCCGAAAAAACUCAAAAGGAAAAAUUCUAUGUGAAAGCAGAAACGCCUGUUCAAGUUCAGAUGAUGCGCGAGAAUAAUUACUUUGAUGUCCACUAUGAUAGGGAACUCUCUACUUACGUCCUUCGUCUGCAUUACAAUGAGUCAUUCUCCAUGAUACUGGCUCUACCAAAAAGUCUCAGAGUUCUGCAAGCGGCUUUGCGUCCACACCACAUGGUCAACUGGAACAGACAGAUGAGUGAAAGGAAAUAUGCAAUCUACCUACCUAAAUUUUCGCUAAAAUCAUCUUACUCGCUGAUAAACAUUCUGAAGGAAAUUGGAAUGAAGGAUAUGUUUACAGAAAAAGCUAACUUCACUGGAAUUACUGAUGAAGAAAUAUUAAUUUCUGAGGCUGUGCAUAAGGCAACAUUAGAUGUGGAUGAAGUUGGAACAACUGCAACAACUGUGACUGGAAUACGUUUUUCACCUCGUACCGGGCCCAUGAUUCUGAAAUUUGAUAAGCCUUUUAUGAUCUUUAUCGUUGACCAGAAAACACAGAAUAUCUUGUUUAUGGGGAGAAUUGUCAAUCCGAAACAAUCUGAGAUUAACUGAAUAAUAAUUUAAACAAUGAAUAAAUGAAACUAUUAAAUGAGAUAUAAAGAGCAUUCUUCCCUCUGUAGCUUUCGUAUAUAUUAAUAUGGCUUAAUGAGAAAUUAUUUAAUUAAGAUUAAGAUACAUUAAUUUAUCACAUGUACCUUACAGCACAGUGAUUGGAAAUUAUUUUCUUUUGCAUAUCCCAGUUAGGCAGCUGGGAUCUCAGCGUAGUGUCAACCAGGUUGAUCAGGUUUACCCUACAGUAUCUUGCACCCCUGGUCAGUAACCCUGAGUCAAAACUGCCCACCUACAGUAUAGUGUAGGAACAGUGACUGCUGUAGGAUUGUUUUUGUUUCAGAUGAAAGGUUAACAAUGGUUAUUGAUGAACAAUAAGAAAGAGACUGGGCUGACCAAAGCCAGAGCUACUGUUAACCAAAAAGAUCACAAAAGCUCUGGUCUACUUUUGGGUGAAUAUUCUGUGGACUGUUGAGGCUUUUUGGAAGAUGUGUGUGCCUGUUACCUCUGGCAUGAAACAUGGAGUUAUGCAGCAGAACAAUGACCCAAAACACACCAGUCCACCAAGUCCACCUCUUAAUAGAAAAAAACAAACAAAAAAAAAAAUGAAGGUUUUGGAGUAGCCUAGGCAAAGUCUGGUCUUAAAUCCUAUUGAGAUGUCGUGGCAUGACCUUAAACAGGUCAUUCAUGCUCAAAAACCCUUAUCACCAAUUAUUAGAUUUAGGGUGCAAUUACUUUUACACAUAAGGCCAGGCAGGUUUGGACAGCUUUUUUCUCUUAAUAAAUGAAUUCAUGAUUUAAAAACUGCAUUUUGUAUUUAUUUAGGCAAUAAUAAUAAUAAUAAUU